UUAGCUCUCAGCUGUGCGCCGCGACGCUUGUCGAAAUUUUUCUUGCUGUGACGUUGAAUGUGGAGAAAUUACAAAGCGAAAUUACAGUAAAAAACGGUGGAACUUGACAAAAAGCGAUUUAAAAAACAAAAUACAAAAAAAAAAACUAAAAAAAUAAAUGAUAAAAAAAUAUUGAAAACUCAAAUAAAUUAUUGAAACUCCAAAUAAACAACUAUAAACAAAAGUGCAAGUGCAAAAAUUCCACAAACCUUUAGAAAAAAGGUGAUUUCAUAAAAUUUCGUAAAUUUUAAAGACAUUUUGCGCGUCAUUGUAAGCAACGCCAGACACCUGCGUCCACACAUCCAAGCAAAUUUGGAAAAAAUUGCGCGAGUGGAAUAACCGAACAUUAACACGAGCGGAGUGGAAAAUAAUAACGGCUUUCAAAAAUAAGCAGUUAUAUUUGGAUAACAAGAAAUUUGUUUGAUUAAGAAACGAUCACAAGAAACCAAAAAUGUCCGACACAUUGAGCCGAGUUAAAAACCAAUUGCGCCCUGUCAAUGGCAGCGUACUGAACGGUAAUGGCAUUGGCAAUGGCGAAGAUAAGUCGCCAUCUUCACCGGGCACAAAACUACUGAUCAAUCACGGUAAACCGAACUACACCAUACAACGUUCACCGAAGGCGCAACAAAAUGGCGGCACAAAUCCGUUGAAUAACGAAUUACAAAAUAACAACCGCAACAAUUACUAUCCAUACAAGAGUGCCGGUGUUAAGGGCACCACGGGCGUCAUCACCAACGGCAAUGGAGUUACAAAUAACAACAACAACAGCAGCAGUAAUAGCAGUCAGAAUGGCGAUGAAUUGAUCAUACAGAGUACUAAAUUCAAUGGUGUCUUCAAGGCCGCUAACAUACAGAAGUUGGAGAACAAUGAUGAAGCCGAUAGUCCAGUUGUGCUGAGACGUGUACCAAAGCCGGAGUCAACGCCUGCAGCAGCAGAGAAUGGCAAUGAUGAGAAUGUGCCCGAGUUUAUACUACGUCAGCGUCGUAUACAAGAGCGUUUGGCCAAGGAGAACAUCUUGGACUUUGAGAAUCGCCGCAGCGGUUACUUUACGCACGUUGUCAUAUCGCCAACCUCACCGAACCGCACUUCUUUGGUGGAGACCAUGUCCAGUCCACCGAUUGUGCCAUCAUUGGAGAUACCGCCACCAGCCAAGGAGUCACGUGAGGCAUCCAUUGCUGAGGAGAAUAAUGCUGAAGUAAGUGCCGCUAAUGGUGUGGAGCAUGUGCAUGAGGAGGAGCAUGUGGCCGUGGCUACUAAUGGACAGGUUGAAGAGGAAGAAGUAGCCAAGGCAAUUGAAGAGGUUAAUAAAGCGGUGGCUGGUGAAGUCGAUGAUGAGAAGCCAGAGGAAGUGGCGGUUGAAAACCCAGUUGCAGUCGAAGCUGAAGUGGAAGCUCCUGAGCAAGUCGUAGUGGAACACAAAGAAGAAGAACAAAGGAGUGUGCAACAGGAGGAGACCAAAGUCGAAGCAGUACAGGUUGAGGAACAAAAAGUCGAAGAAGUACAAACGCCUGUUGUAUCUGUAGUGGUAACAAGCGCACCUCUAGUUGACGCAGAAGAACCGAAAGCCGCUGAGGAAACUGUUCACUCGGCAGUCGAGUCGCAUGAAGUUGCCGAAGUAGCAGAACAUGUCGAAGCUGUGACAGUGACAACAAACUCUGUCGAAGAACCCAAAGAAAAUGGUAAUGGAGUAGUUGCUGAAGAAAUAUCGAACCAAGUUGAGGCACCCAAAGAAAACGGAGAAGCUGUUGUAGCAGAAACACUAACUAAUGGUCACGCUGUGGAAGAUGUAAUCAUUUCACAUACAAAUGGCGUCUCUAACGGUGUAACUAAUGGACAAGCCACACCCAGUCUACCUACACCCGAUCCCAGUGGUGCUUUGGGUGUUAACUACGAACCAAAGACAGUGGUUUCCUUCUCCAAGGAUUUAGAUGCACCAAACAAGUAUCCUGAUACAGUAAAAGUCACGAAGACAGAUGAACAAGAUGGCGAAAAGAAAACAGCAUCGGAUCCAGUGAGUGAUGAAUUGAAGGAGUUGGCGAAAUUGAAAUUCGACAUUAAAGCCGAUGAUAAUGAUGUACAAGUGACGCCGGUAUUGCGAGUCGAGUAGAGCACCAAAAUGUAGGGGAUUUGAGCUGAAAGAGAGCAGUAAUUAAGCAAACCGGUGGUUAUAUGUACAUACUAUUUAUGUUUGUCCGCACAAAGCUAGCGUAAAUGGGGGGAAUGCCACUUCGAAAAAGGGGAAAUACAUAUGUUGCUUAAAAAGUGCCGCAGUAGUCGUGACUCUGUUGAGUUCAUACUUAAAUGUUAUUGGUAUUAGCAAAAACAGAAUUAUAUCCAAAUGUGGGUUAAGUGCAUUAUAGCCAUAAGUGACGACAGUUUUAGCGCACACUGUUUGUUAUUAAAUAAAAUAUUAAUAUUAUUAUUAUAUAUUAUAUAAUUAUGUAUUGUAAUUUUUAUUAAAUUGUAAACAUUAUAUAAUUUUGUUUUAUAUAUUUUAAGUCAAAAAAGUUGCCAAAUUCAUUUUAUUAUUGUACAAUAAAUUAAACAAAAAAAUAAAUAUACCAACAAAUCGUUUAAGCAUUCAUAGCGUUGGAACGAUUGAAAAUGGACCAUAUUUUUAUUUGUGAAUGACAA